UGUGGUAAUCACGUGGGGCGAGAGCUAACUAGCUGUCCAUCCAUACAUCCAUCAAUCGCAUCAUAUCUCUACUCCUGCCCCGUACCCCUUCACUGCCUUCAUGGUCUGCGCCCCCUCCAUCUCUCUCCCCUGUCCUUGGAUAGGAACUCACAUCUCAUCUUCCAUCUGCAGGGUAAGCGCAAGAAGUCCAGUCGCCAACCUCAAGGGCCCCGUAAGGUGAGUGUCUGUUUUCUCCGCCCCCGCCGUCCAUUGCUUACCCUCCACCAGCGGGAGCCUCUCCCGACGACAUUCUCCUGUCUCUUCUGCAACCAUGAGAAUUCGGUGGUGGUCAAGUUAGACAAGAAACUGGGCCUGGGCGAUCUGUCCUGCAAGGUCUGUGGCCAAAAGUUUCAGACGGGGAUCAAUUAUCUCUCUGCACCUGUGGACGUGUACUCCGACUGGGUCGACGCAUGCGAUGCCGUUGCAAAGGACACGGCCAACCAGUACGAGUCUGGUCCACCUCGCUCCCGCGCGGCCGACCCUCCGGAGACGCAGAAUACCUAUGAUGAUGAUGAUUACUGA